GCCUAUAAAAACAGUCAAAUGCGUCCCUCACGCAUUCGCUGGUUACCUCCCGAAAGAAAAGCAAAAAAAAAAAUGAAGCUCUGCUUGAUAUUUAUUCUUGUGGUCUUAGCUGUGGCUCUUGCAAACAAAGAUAAAGAAGACGAGAACCUAUGGAAAUCUUACAAGCAAAAGUUUGGAAAAAAACAUUCGCCCGAGAAAGAAGCUAAGCGGAAGCAGGAUUUCAUUCAAAAACAGCGGACCAUUGAGAAACACAAUCGCGAGAACAAGGAAUGGAAAAUGGGAAAUAACAGGUUUACCGAUAUGCCGGAAGAAAAAAAAAAGGCAUUCCGUGGAGCGAAAAUGAUAAAAAAUCGUGUAAGGUCGGCUGAAGCCGGAACCGUCUAUCCGUUUCUUGACCGCGCCCUUCCAACUAUGAUUGAUUACAGGAGACAUAGAUGUAUGUCACCCAUAAAAGUGGACCAAGGUGAAUGUGGCAGUUGCUGGACUUACGCAGCCAUCUUGCCGAUCGAAUUCAACAGGUGCAGGAAAACAGGCAACCGAGUUUCAUUGAGUGAACAGAUGUUGAUCGACUGCGAUCCGUACAAUAACGCUUGUAAUGGUGGAGAUUACACCGAAGCUUGGCGAUUUAUCAAGGAGAAAGGCGGAGCUGUGAGAUCUUCAGAUUAUCCAUAUGUCUCUGGUACUACUCUCAAGAAUGGCACCUGUAAAUUCAGAAGUACUUCAGUCGCCGCAAGAGUUUCGUCUUACGAUUGGACAAUGCCCUACCCAAACGAAACUGUUUCGAUGGCGUACCUGCAAAGUGAAGGACCUCUAGCGACUUCCAUGAAAGUUCCAGAUUCCUUUUACGACUACGCAUCGGGAGUCUAUAGCGACCCUGCAUGCAUUGGUGCUGAUGAAAAUGAUGUCGAUCACGCCGUUGUUAUCGUGGGUUACGGUACAACCACUGCCACAAAAACUUUACCUGCCACUCGUUUUUGGAUCGUUCGCAAUUCUUGGGGCUCCGGGUGGGGUAUCGGUGGUUAUUUCUUGAUAAAGCGGGGCGUUAAUAUGUGUAAUAUUGAAUCAUGGACAGCUUACGUAAGAGUUGUUUAGCAAUGAUGCUAUCAAAUGAAAACAACCCUAUCACAUUUCGAACGUUGAAAACACUAGUUAGUAAAUAAACUU